CUCUUUUCUAGCCUUGUGUUCAGAGACAAAGGGCAGGACUAUGCUACCACUGGAUCGUCAGGUAGCGCUCUCCCAUCAACGCCAGUACUCCACUGCCUCAAGGGGCGAAUGUGGAGUCGAUGGGUUAGCAGCAGCAGUCAGAUGCUGCAGUUAGUCGAUCUAAGUAAGCCGACUUCAGCUAUGCUAUUUUCAUAGCUGAAGUUGUGUAUCUUAGAUCAACCUCCAACUCCAGUGUAGACCAGGGUUUUGCUGUGGGAUGGGGGGAGGGAGAAAGGAGGUUAACAAUCUCUCUGUGGGCUUAGCCUGGCAGGAGGGGCCAGGUCUACGCUGUAAUAAAGAGAUCAAGCAUUUUCCCAGGAUGGGAGAAUCUAGGAUGUCUGUCUGCCGGGAAAGAGCCUGGGUGAACCGUGAUGUGAAAUUAACUAAGGCCUGUUCUGUAACCCCCACAACUGCCCUUCUCGCCCUGGCAGGCUGCAGAACGAUGUCCAUGUUUCAGUCAACCUCAUCCCAUCCUCCCAUGGGACAUAGGAGAGAAAUGGCUGCGGAGGAGUCAGUCCAGGGGCCGGUGACCUUCGAGGAGGUGGCUGUGUAUUUCACCAGGGAAGAGUGGGCUCUGCUGGACCUCGCUCAGAGAGCCCUGUACAGAGAUGUCAUGCAGGAAAACUAUGAGAAUGUGACCUCACUGGCGUCACCCCAAUAUGCCAGUGACACACACACUGCCACAGACCCUCCCCUGCUGCAGAACACUUUGGGAACAGCGCACAGGAGCAGUGUCACACAGUGUCAAAUAUCUUCUUUUUGCUCAUGUAAAACUGGGAGUUAGGUCUGGCCUAACGUAAGAACAUAAGAAUGUCCGUACUGGGUCAGAGCAAAGGUCCAUCUAGGCCAGUAUCCUGUCCACUGACAGCGGCCAACUCCAGGUGCCCCAGAGUGUGUGAACCAAACAGUGAUCUCUC